AUGGACUUUAAUAGUUUGAUAUCAUUUGUCUCUUCAAACAAAGUGUCUAUCCUCUCUGGUCUGGCACUGGCUGUAACAACUGGUGCUUUGCUCAAAGGCAAAGGAAAGAAACAACAUACCUUUGAACCAGGUGUUGUAUACCUUUAUGACUUCCCCAAGGGUGGCUUCCCUGUGAUCCACAUAUCACCAUUCGUUCUAAAGGUGUCUCUCUUCUUGCGUCUCAACAACAUCCCAUUCAAGGUCAUCAACAACUUUGACAUGGGUCCAAGAAACAAGAAGCCUUGGAUCCGACUUGAUGAAGACGUGGUAUCGGACUCUGACAUCAUCAUUCAAUACUUGAUCAAGAAGCUCAACAUCAAGGGAUUCGAGAUCAAUGAUCCCGAUCAGGCAGCAGAGGCACAUAUGCUUCGUAGAUUCAUCGAUGAUGCCGCUGUGUGGUCACUCGUGUACAGCAGAUGGGUGGACCCAAUGAACUGCUCGACCAACAUCGAGGCUGUGUUCGCCAGUGUACCAUUCCCAAUGAGCGUCCUUGUCAAGCGAUUCUCAUUGAGCGGCACCAGCAAGCAGUUGUACAGCGUUGGUAUCUCCAGAUACGAAAGAGACGAGAUCUAUGAGCGCGCUGCAAAGGACAUCGAUGCACUGGCACGUCGUCUGGGAGACAAGCCCUACUUGCUUGGAAAUGAGAUUGCCUUGGUGGAUGUGAGCUUGUUCUCCGUGCUGGCACAGUUUGCCUUUGAGAUAAUCCAAUCGCCAGCGGGCGCAGCACUCAAGACACAUCGCAACCUCGUUGACUAUGUCCAAAGGAUUGGUGAGGCACACUUCAAGUCCAACGAGUUGGACUUCUCCAGGUCAUACCCAUCACCAAGACAAUAA